CCGAGCGAGCGAGCGAGCGAGCGAGCGACCCACCCAGCGGCAGCGGCGGCGGCGGGCAGCAGUAGUACAUCGCGCUCUCGGUAGUCAUCACGACGACGGUAUCGCGCGUGCCGGAUAUACAUCGAGAUCGUAAAUACGGAUAUAAGUAUAAUCGAAUUCGAGGCCGUUCCGUUUCGCUCUCGAGCAUACGAUAUACGCGACGAGUUACGACGCACACUCAUCGUCGCAUCCGUGGGAAGAGAGGAGGAAGGGACGGGGCGAGAGAAGGAUCCUACUGCGGAGAGUUCCCAUCAGGUAUCUUCGGAGCGGACACUCUCGACGAGAAUCGUGGGAUCAUAAUAGGUGGGCCGGGAAGAGGAAGAAGAGGAUGAAGAGGAUGCUGGCGCUAGUCGCGCUGCUCGGCGUCCUGUCGGUCUGCCGGGUGCAGGCGGUGUCGGAGAGGCUUGAAUUGGCACCAGCUGGUGGAAGAUCAGAGCCUCAGGUCGCUACCUUGUGCGAACCUGGCGAGGUAUACCUUGCUCAACAUAUGGGAGAGCAGGGUCGAUGGGUUUCCUCGACCGACAAGAAGAGCUGCAUGACGGACAAGCUGGAGAUUCUGGAGUAUUGUAAGAAGGCUUACCCGAAGAGAGACAUCACCAAUAUCGUCGAGUCGUCGCACUACGUCAGGGUGAGCGGAUGGUGCAAGCCCGGAAGAACCAAAUGCAAGCUCUCCCGAUGGGUCAAACCUUACAGAUGUUUGGAGGGACCUUUCCAGAGUGACGCACUUCUCGUGCCAGAGGGCUGUCUCUUUGAUCAUCUUCAUAAUCAAACAAAAUGCUGGGAAUCUCACAGAUGGAACUCCACGGCGGCGGAGACCUGCCGGGAGCGGAACAUGAAUCUGCGUAGCUUCGCGAUGUUGCUGCCGUGCGGUAUAUCUCUGUUCUCCGGCGUAGAGUUUGUAUGCUGCCCGAAACACCUGAAAGAGAACGUGAAGGUAAAGAAGCCGAUUGAUCUGCCCAUACCGAAGAGCGUGGACGAUGAUCUCGACGAGGACGAAGACGAUAUCGAUGACGAAGAUGACUUGGACGGCGACGCUGAGGAUGAAGAAAAUUCUGACGAUCUUGAAGACGUACUUAGCAAUCAACCUGAGGAAGACGAAAGCGAGGAGGAGUAUGACGACCUUGAUGAUUACGACACGACUACCAGUCGACCAUCGACGACGAUCUCAACAACGGAGAAAGCCAAACAGGAUGCCACGGCGAUGCCGCUGCCAGUUAGCACGAGUACGCAGCAGCCUUCCCAACCGCAAGGCACUCCAGAUCCUUAUCUGACGCACUUCGAUCCGCGGUCCGAACACCAGAGUUACAAACAGGCUCAAAUGCGACUUGAAGAAGUACACAAGGAGAAAGUUACGAAAGUGAUGAAGGAUUGGAGUGACCUCGAGGAGAGAUAUCAGGAUAUCAGAGCCCAUGAUCCUGUCGCCGCGGAUGCUUUUAAACGCUGGAUGACGGCGCGAUUCCAGGAAACGGUUGCCGCGCUCGAGGAAAGCGGCGCGGCGGAAAAGCAUCAGUUAAGCGCGAUGCACCAGCAGAGAGUGCAGGAGGCGGUUAAGCAGAGAAACGAGGAAGCGAUGUCGUGCUACACUGCGGCUCUUAACGAAACGCCGCCAAAUAUGCACCGUAUUCAAAAAUGUCUACAAAAGCUGCUUAGAGCUCUUCACAAAGACAGGCACCACACAAUAGCCCAUUACAAGCAUCUCCUUGACAGCAGCUUGGAACAGGCGCAACGAGAGAAACCAGCCACUCUGGAGCAUCUUGCGGAAAUUGACAGGAUUACCAAUCAGAGCCUCUUAAUGUUAGAAAGAUAUCCAGACUUAAGCGCGAAGAUUGGCCGUCUCAUGGACGAUUACGUUUUGGCCCUCAGGAGUAAAGAUGAAACUCCGGGAUUGCUGCUGGCGAUGACGCGCGAAGCAGAGGCAGCUAUUCUAGACAAGUAUCAGGCCGAUGUCACCAGCAAACAGCAAGAAAAAGAGCAUCAGAAACAGCUCGAACGAGCACGCAAGGAACAACGUAAGGCAGAACGUGGCGAACUACGCACAGAACAAGAACAACACGAGGAAAACGACUCAGCAAUCGAUACUAAGGAUAUUCCUCAGCAAUCAGAGCAACCCGCCGCGGUUGCCGCUAUGCAUAAUGAGGGAGUAGUUAGAGCAGCUCACAGCAUGACUCACGAUGUCUCUCACUCUGAGCCAGGCUAUUCUGUAAGGCGAGAAGUAUAUCAUAGAGAAAGUCGAUCCGUUUACUUCACACUCGCGUUCGCUGGCAUAGCACUCAUGGCGGCUGCAGUUGUUGGCGUCGCAGUAUUUAAGAGGCGCAGUGCGAGAAGCCCUCAUAGCCAGGGCUUCAUCGAGGUCGAUCAAGCGGCCACGCCCGAGGAACGACACGUCGCAAAUAUGCAGAUCAACGGUUACGAGAAUCCUACAUACAAAUACUUUGAAGUGAAGGAAUAAUUCGGCCGCUGCCUCGAGAGUUAUCACAAAUAUUUUGAUUUCUGAAGCUGGUCGCAACCGCGUAUUCGUUCUCGCGUAUUUUCUUCAAGAAUCUCAUAGUAUUUUGUUAGAGUAAGAUAUAUAUAAAUAGUAUGUAUAUCUCUAACCCUCGAGAUUCUUCCGAAGAUCCGGACUAUGUACAUCCCGGAAAUGCGCAAAUUCAGAAAAACGCGUUUCCUAAUCGGCAAAUCGCACGUGACGAGAUUAUCGCCGUACGCAUUGCGUCCGCUUGUGUAGACACCACGGCCACGUGUCGUGGUGUAAAUCGAUUUUGCAAAGAAUUGACAAUAUAUAUGUAAAAUACAGUUUGUAGCUGGGACAUGCUGGAUGGGAAACGGAACGGAUUCUAUGGGAGAUAAAAUGACGUAGAAUUCAGCAUAUACCUAUGUGCCAUACGAACACGAGUGUUACACGCUAUCUUCGGAAGUAUCUCAUACACACAUCGUUUUUAUUACGUUAUCAUACAUGUCGAUAUAUUAUAAAAACGCAGGAAGGAGCGCUCGUGUUAUAAAAGUAGAAAACGCCGUUUUUAGACGUACCUCGAUGUUCCUCCGCCUCUAUACGUUAUGCACUCGAACUGGAAGCUCCGUGGAUCGAUUGACGACCAAUGUUCGGUGGCUGGUCGCUCUCAUUCCUCGGGGACAAACGUUUGAACGAUGCUAGAACGCGUUUACACGAACGAAUGUUCAGUGAAUGCGUUGUAUCGUUGCGCUCUUUGCUGUAUUUUUAGGUUCUGAUAUUUUCGGAGAUAAUCAAUGGCAAUAAUGCAGCUUAAGUACUAAACACGAAGAAAAAAAAUACGAUAGUGAUCGUAGUAGCUUGCCACUGCGGGCAGCAUAUAGAAGUAAAUACUCCGAUUAAUGGCGUAAUCGUUAACGUUAUGCUAAAAUAACCGAGCGUUGCGAACGAGCUAUGCGGCACUCUUAAAAUAUCAGAACACACACACACGUACACGCGCCAUCUCAUCGUUGCACGUUUUCACUCCUCUAUAUCUUCGUAAUGCAGCUGUUUUAUUCCCUCCGUCUCCGUUCGAUUCCCACUGCCUGGUUUCUCUCGGUAAUCUUUUUCAGUACUUAACGUCUAACUCUUAGAUGAUAAAGAACCUUAAAACGUAAGGAAACUUAAGAAUCAUUGACGUAUCUCGAAUUAACGAUGACGAGGAAGUAAGAUGCUCUAUCAUUCCACACGAAAGUCCAUUUUGUCGAGGUGCUGAGAACGCUAGCAUGGAAAAUGUUCGGCAGCUUCGUUCGAUCUGACCGAAAAAUGGCGUACGCGACGUAUCGAACAGGUCAUGUCGAUGCUGUCG